AUGGUGCGGAAGCUCUACUUCCCCGGCGGCUUCUACGCGUCGGCGUACGCGUACGCGCUCGUCGAGUGCGGCGACGACGCGGACAAGGUCCGCGCGCUGCAGAAGGUCUUCUGGAAGCUCGUGCGCUACAAGAGCAACGUCACGCUCGUCGAGGCCAACAAGCUCGUCGCGGACUUCGGCCCGCCCUACCAGCCGUCGUCGGCCCGCGGCGUGGGCAACCGGUGGCACGCGGCGCUGAAGGACCAGCUCGUGCCGCUCGACCUCGACCUCAAGAUCACGGGGUCGGCGGGCGGCUACCAGGUCAACGCCUACGAGAACGCGCUCGUCGAGAUGCUGAACCGCAUCCCCGGCGGGCCCGCGGCGCCCGGCGCGGCCGCGGCCGUCGCGUUGCUCGACGACGCCUUCGCGGCGACGACGUUCUUCACGCCGCCGGCCGGGUCCCUCGGCGACAUCUACGCGGCGGCGGCGCGGCGCGUCGACGACCACGCGCGCGCGCGGCGCCGCGCGGCGGUGCUCGCGGUGCGCGAGGCGCGCGAGGCGGGGCGCCCCUUGCCGCGCGUCGUCGGCUUCGUCCACGCCUACGGCGAUCCGCACGACCGCGCGCUGCUGCAGCGCCAGUGCGACGACGCGUUCGGCGCGGGCAUGUUCCGCGUCGACGUCGGCGCGCAGGGCGUCCACUGCGCUUUCUGCAACUACUUGAUCCCGAUCAGAACCAUGUUCUCCCCGACGAAGUCGACGAUGCCCCUCGAGGCGGAGAAGCAGGAGCCCGUGCCCAAGAUGACGCGGUGCUGGCCCGAGCCCGAGAUCCUCGUCCGCAUCUCGACGGACGACGCGACGUACCAGCCGCCCGGCGCGCCGCCGAUCGCCGUCGACGAGUUCGUCGCGACGAUCGGCGCGUUCGCGACCGCGUUCCCCGAAUGGGCGAUGAAGACGGAGGUCCUGGGCUUCAACGACGACGGCACGGCGGAGGUGACGACGCAGCAGCUCUCCGGCGCCAUGAAGGCGGACCUCGCGGCCUUCGGCCCCUGGCCCGAGGUCAAGCUCGCGGACGCGCCCGCGGCGAUCCGCGACGGCUUCGAGGCCGUCUACCCCAAGGAGACGGCGACGAUCGAGUUCACCUACGACGGCAAGAAGAUCAAGAAGGCCGUCUGGCACUCCGUCGAGGCCACGGAGGGCGCGAACACGACGCACGUCGACCCGCCGUCGGGCUUCAUCUGCCUCUACACGCUCCUCGGCGCGCGCAAGAAGAUCCCCCUGUUCAACCCGCCCAUCAUGGCCAUGCACUAUCUCGCCAAGUGGGCCAAGAAGCUCGGCAUCAAGAUGUAGGCCAGCCGAAGCUAACACAAGCGUAG